AUUUUUAAACAUCCCCAUGCCAAUUUUAUUAGUAUUAAAAUAAAAACUGUGGCAACCGGUGGGAAAUACUUUUCUUAAAAUGUGAAAGGAGGAACUGUGUCGGAGAACAUCUGCGGAUAUCGGUCACUGAGUUUUCUCUCUCCUUCUUCCCACCAUAACUCGGAGCUAAAUCGAGAGAAAACUCAAACCAAAAGCAAGCUUGAUGGGUCAGGAAUCCUUCAUCUACAGCUUCGUAGCUCGAGGAACAAUGGUUCUGGCCGAGUACACCGAGUUCACAGGCAACUUCCCCGCAAUCGCAACUCAGUGCCUUCAAAAACUACCUUCUACUAAUAACAAAUUCACGUACAAUUGUGAUCACCAUACCUUCAAUUUCUUAGUCCAAGAUGGUUACGCUUAUUGUGUUGUUGCAAAAGAAUCAGUUGGCAAACAAAUAUCAAUUGCAUUUCUUGAACGUGUGAGAGCAGACUUCAAGAAAAGAUAUGGUGGUGGUAAAGCCGAUACAGCAGUUGCCAAAAGUCUCAACAAGGAAUUCGGCCCUAUAAUGAAAGAACACAUGCAAUACAUAAUCGAACAUGCAGACGAGAUUGAGAAACUUAUAAAAGUGAAAGCACAAGUUUCAGAAGUUAAAAGUAUAAUGUUGGAGAACAUAGACAAGGCUAUUGAUAGAGGACAAAACCUUACAACUUUAAACGACAAGGCUGAAAAUCUGCGUGAUUCAGCACAAGAGUUUAAGAAAGCGGGAACAAAAAUACGAAGGAAGAUGUGGUAUCAAAACAUGAAAAUAAAACUAGUUGUUCUUGGGAUUCUUCUGUUACUUGUUCUUGUUAUUUGGCUUUCAAUUUGCCAUGGUUUUGAUUGCACCAACUAAGGUUAUAAUGUAAAGUUGUGUUGUUAUAUGGUUUGAGAGAAAGAG